AUGCUCACGGUCAUUCUGUUGCCGUGGACAUGGUAUCUCACCCGAUGCCUACUGUUCCCGAGGCCGCCCCCCGAGCUUGACUUCGAGACUGGUGGCCUGAAAAGCGAGGACAGCAGGGUGAAGCUUUGCGGAACCUCCCUCAUGCAGGCUCGCCGACACAACGCGCAGCAGAUUGCCAAACGGCGGAGGUUCCGUGGUAUCAUCAAAGUGCAGCUGGUCGGCGCGGCCAUUGGAUGGGCAUUUCUCUUCUGGGUGCUCUGGGAGCUGAAGGCACGACGGUCUGACGCCUCGUGCAAGGAAAAAUGCAGCCAUGCCCGAGUGCGGCAUCGCAGGAGAGUCAAGAUCAGCACCAGCCUAUCUCUAAUUCUGCAACGGAAGCCUCCUACGGGUAUCAGCACUAACUCAGUAACCGCAGCCGCUCGUCCUUGUUACCCCUCUAUGCUCUUGUGCUCACAGUGCUCUGACGCAGGGCGCACCCACCGAGCUGCGAACUUUCGACCCCUACGACAUCCUGGGGGCUCCCCGUCUCCAGUCAUAGGGCUUCUCACUUUCGCUCUCAAAAUCUCCUUCAGUCUUUUCCUUCUGCUGAGGGUUCUCGGAGCUAUCUGA